GGAGAACGAUCCCCAGAUCGCUCGCCAUCACUGCUCUCAUCUUCAGACGGGGUGACGGGUAAUCAUACACGAAGCACGGCGUGGCUACUAUGAUUAGAUGAUGAGCCUGACAUCCAAAUUCUGUCGUCCCCAUCCAUGGCACCACCACAAGAACGCAGUCCUCGCGCUGCGAGUCGCGCAGAUAGCCUAUUCGACGAUGAAAGCGUUAUAGACCAAAGGCAUCUCUCGCCCGGGGCACAUCUAAUGCCACCACCUUCUCUACCAUGCCGAGGUAUCAUUCAGUCGCCCGUACUUUCUUCCGAUCACGACAGUCCAGAUACCUCAUUCGCUGUGCGACCCGCUGGACGUUUCUUCAAGCCGCGUGCAGCAGCCGCAGAGCUUUACUCACUGGCAUUGGACAUACCACCUCUUUCCCAACGACGUUUGCAACGAAAGGAUACAGAUAUGUAACAUGGUCAGACUGCCGCCCGCAUAACCGUUACACCAAAAGGUAAGCCAGCGUGCUUACAAGAUAUCAUUUCUUGGGGAUCAAGCCCGCCCCCUAAGCAUAGCAAGCAAA